UUUCAUUUUCCCAAUUGCCAAACAUAAAGAAUGAGAUUAUAUUCCACCUCCCCAGCCCAGUCUUAUGCCUAAAAAUCUUAGCUUUGUCAUCAAUCAGUCUUUCGUGAUGCAUUUUAACCUACUCACACACGGGUCUCUCACUAAAAGAAAAAUAUCAGGAAAUUGACCCAGUUCCUAUAUAACACAAUGCCUUCGACCGACAACAUUGUUCAUUUCUUCUAUACCUGCGCCUAUACCUCUCCUUACUGAUCAGAACAACUCCGGCCGACAACAACCAUGUCCUGGGACGACAAUUUCUCGCUCAGUUCCUUUUUUAUACUUCUGCUAAUUCCCUUCUCUUUCUCCUUAAACGUCAUAACUACGGACCGGCCGAUCAAGGACGCUGGCGAUGUCUUGGUCUCCGAGAAAGGGGUCUUCGCUCUGGGAUUCUUCAGCCCCGGAAAUUCCACCAGACGCUACGUCGGAAUCUGGUACAACAAGGUUUCGGAGCGAACCGUUGUUUGGGUUGCAAAUAGAGACAACCCCAUCAAUGAUACCUCCGGGAUUCUUUCCAUAGACGCCACCGGAAACCUCGCCUUACACGCCCGCGGCCGCGGGGUCCCGGUUUGGAAAACCAACAUCUCCGCCCCGGCAACAGGCAACAACAACCAUUCAGCUCAGCUAUUGGAUUCAGGUAAUUUGUUGGUGUUUAAUGAAGAUAGAGCUGCUGCAUGGCAAAGCUUCGAUUAUCCGACUCACACAGUGCUUCCAAACAUGAGACUAGGUGUGGACCGGAAAACCGGUCUGAACCGGUUCCUCGCGUCGUGGAAAUCGCCAGACGACCCGGGAACUGGAGAAUACUGGUACAGCAUGAACCUUAGCGAUUCGCCUCCCCAGAUGUUUAUCUACAAGGGCUCGACCCGGGUCUGGCGGACAGGGUCGUGGAAUGGUCUUAGGUGGACCGGCGUCCCGGAGAUGAUCCCAAGCUACAUCUUCAACAUCACCUACAUUGACAACCCGGAAGAAGUUUCGAUUAUUUUCUCGAUGAUCGAUCCUUCGAUCAUGUCACGAUUGGUGCUGAACGAAUCCGGGCUGCUCGAGAGAUACACGUGGCACGGCGAUUACAAGCGGUGGGUCGGGUUCUGGUCCGCCCCGAAGGACCAAUGCGACUUUUAUGGUCACUGCGGAGCGAACGGCAACUGUGAUAACUCCGCCGCCGGCGAGUUUGAGUGCAAGUGCCUUCCGGGGUUCGAGCCGGAGUCGCCGCGGGACUGGUACUUGAGGGACGGCUCCGACGGGUGCCGGCGGAACAAGGGGAGAAGCGUGUGUGGAAGCGGCGAGGGGUUUGUGAGAAUGGCGGGGGCUAAGGUGCCGGACACCGCUUGGGGAGCUGUGAACAGGAGUGUUGGAUUGGGGGAGUGUGCGGCGGAGUGCUCGAGGAACUGCUCGUGCACGGCGUACACGGCGGCCGAUAUCGGCGGCGGCGGCGGCUCCGGGAGUGGGUGUAUCACGUGGCACGGCGAGUUGAUGGAUGUAAGAAAGUUUCCAACUGGAGGUCAGGAUUUCUACGUUCGCGUAGACGCCAUUGAAUUUGCCCAAUACUUGAAGACACAAAGGUCUGGUGACAAGAAACGCAAGGUGGCAGCCAUAUGGGGAUCUCUUGCUGUUGUAGUUUUAUUUGUCACAAUCUUCUUGCUGUGUUGGUUGCUUAUGAAGAAGAGAAGAGGAACAGGGAAGGGAAGAGACCUCAAACAUCUAUUUAGUAGCAACAGGCUGUCAUCUUAUGAUAACUCCUCAAGUGGGAAGACAUUUCAUGAGAGGGAAACCACUGCAGAUUUGCCAUUCUUUGAUUUCAGUGCCAUUGCCGAGGCCACAGACAAUUUUUCUUUUGCCAACAGGCUCGGCCAAGGUGGCUUUGGCACAGUGUAUAAGGGUGUGUUACCUAAUGGACAGGAAGUAGCUGUGAAAAGGCUAGCAAAGAAUUCGGGACAAGGGAUAAAGGAAUUCAAGAAUGAAGUCACACUAAUCGCUAAACUUCAACAUAGGAACCUUGUCAGGCUGCUCGGAUGUUGCAUUCAACACGACGAGAAAAUUUUGAUCUAUGAAUAUAUGCCAAACAAAAGCUUGGACGCUUUCAUCUUCGAUAAAGCAAAAGGGGCAUUCUUGGAUUGGAGAAAGCGCUUUGAUAUUGUUCUAGGGAUUGCUCGAGGGAUGUUAUAUCUUCACCAAGACUCGAGAUUGAGAAUAAUUCACAGAGAUCUCAAAGCCAGCAAUAUCUUACUGGACUUUGCAAUGAAUCCUAAAAUUUCAGAUUUUGGUAUGGCUAGAAUAUUUGGUGGUGACCAAAUUGAAGCAAAUACUAAUAGAGUGGUUGGAACAUACGGUUAUAUGUCGCCGGAGUAUGCUAUGGAAGGCUUCUUUUCAAUAAAGUCCGAUGUUUUUAGCUUUGGAGUUUUACUACUAGAGAUCAUCAGCGGCAGGAAAAACAGUAGCUAUUAUCAAGACGACUCGGUGAACUUAAUCGGACAUGUAUGGAGAUUGUGGCAAGAAGAAAAAGCCCUGGAAGCGGUGGACUCGUUGCUGGGAGAUUCAUAUUCAGCCGGAGAAGUUCUCCGGUGCAUCCACAUCGGCCUCUUGUGCGUCCAAGAAUCUGCAAAUGAUCGGCCGACCAUGUCCGACGUUGUCUUCAUGAUGUGUAAUGACACAGCCUUGCCUUCUCCGAAACAGCCGGCGUUCAUCUUGAAGAGAAAGUACGGCGCCGCAGAUCACUCCUCGUCGACGAGUGCCGGUGCUGGCACAUCGAUAAAUGAUCUCACCCUUACUACGAUUGGGGCUCGUUGAAGACAGCGAAUAGUUUGAGGAGAGAGAGAGAGAGAGAGAUCUGUUGAAGGUUGGCUGCAGUGAUUAUGUACUUUGAUAUAUAGUCUCUGCAUAACCUAUUGUGCUAUAAUUCUUUUUGGAAUUA